GAAAAAGUUUUUUUUCGCUCCAGAACAAAAUAAAAAGAUAAAGAAAAGCAAAUUGACAGAUGCCUCAACUGCUGCGGCGUGUUGUCUUCUGCUUAAAGCGAAUUCAGACGGUCGCGUGGUGAAAAUAUUGAGCAGAACCCACUCGCGCCUUAUUCAUGCAGGCCAAAAGCCUUGUGUGCGAGGAAGAGGACCAGGUGUCGUCAGUUAAGACUAUUCGGAAGCGGUCAAAACCAACGAGCGUCGGUGUCCCAAGUCAUGUGAUUAAGUUUAAGGAGGUGAGACUGUACCUAGUGGAGAGGAAAAUGGGCUCCAGCAGGAGAAGCUUUCUGACCCAGCUGGCCAGGUCAAAAGGCUUUGUUGUGGAUGACAUCCUCAGUGAUGAGAUCACUCACGUGGUGUCUGAAGACAGCGAGACAUCAUCUCUUUGGACGUGGCUAAAGGGGUGUGGCCUUGGAAAUCUUUCCAAGAUGCAAGUGCUGCACAUCAGUUGGUUCACUGACAGCAUGAGAGAGGGAAGGCCUGUUACUGUUGAGAACAGACAUCUUAUUCAGGACGCACUACCUGCAUUGCAAAUAGAAUCAGCACUAGCCCCUGUGGCUAUGAUUUCUCAAUAUGCCUGUCAGAGACGGACAAGUACAGACAACAAAAACAAGAUUUUUACAGAUGCUUUUGAAAUACUGGCAGAGAACUACGAAUUCAAUGACCUGAAGAGUUCAUGCAUUGCCUUUAGGAGAGCUGCGUCUGUCUUGAAAAGUCUGCCGUGGACUGUGGAGUGUAUAGGGGCCACUCAGGGCUUACCCUGCCUGAGGGAGCACACCAAGGCAGUUAUGGAGGACAUCCUGCAAUGUGGCCGUUCCUUUGAAGUUGAAAAAAUACUCUCAAGUGAGCGGUAUCAGACAUUAAAGCUGUUCACAAGUGUGUUUGGGGUUGGACUGAAGACAGCAGAGAAAUGGUACCUUAGGGGGCUGCGCUCAUUUAGUGAGAUUCUGGCAGAGCCCAGCAUUGAGCUCAACCGGAUGCAGAAAAGUGGUUUUCUGCAUUAUGGAGACAUCUCGAGGGCUGUCACUAAAGCGGAGGCUCAAGCCCUGGGGAACAUUAUUGACGAAGCUGCCCAUUUGAUCACAUCGGACGCCGUAAUAGCAAUGACAGGUGGCUUCCGCAGGGGUAAGGAGGUUGGCCAUGAUGUAGACUUUAUCGUCACAACACCUGAGGCGGGAAAGGAGGAAUACAUGCUACGCCAAAUUAUCGAUAGCUUCAAAAAACAAGGAAUUCUUCUUUACUGUGAAUACCAGGCCUCUACUUUCCACAUGUCCAAGCUGCCAUGCCAGUCAUUUGAGGCAAUGGACUAUUUUGCCAAAUGUUUUCUCAUCCUGCGCUUGGAGGCUAGCCGAGUGGAUGGAGGUCUCAGCUGUGCUGAGGGGGACAACAGGGGCUGGAGGGCAAUUCGUGUGGACUUGGUAUCACCACCGAUGGAUCGUUACGCAUUUGCUCUCCUGGGAUGGACUGGAUCCACGCAGUUUGACAGAGAUCUGAGGAGGUUCGCUCGAUCAGAGAGAAGGAUGAUUUUAGACAAUCAUACUCUUUACGACAAAACAAAGGUCCAGUUUAACACUUGAAGGCAGGAUGUGUCAAAAUCACAGCUCAUUUCUCUCCAGGCAGUACAGCUCCCAAGGUGAGUCAGAGCUCGUCAGCCUUCUUAUGGAGACAUAACCCCCCCAUCACAUGGCAUUGGUAAACAGCCAACUGUUAAUAACCAAGUCAUGUUUUGUUAGGGAAAAUGCUCAUCUUUUCCACGGUAGCACAAGUACAUACAACUGUUGUGAGAAGGAAACUGACGCAAGGUGGGAAAGAGCUAAAUGGUCUACAAAUCGCAUUUAACAUAUGAACAU